AUGUCAACGGCCCUCUACCCGCCCAUCUCGACCGAAGAGCGGAUCCAAAAAGAAGAAGAGUCUCUGGUUCGUGAGCUAGAAUGGCUCCUGCAAUCGCUCCAGGAGACGUUGGCCUCUAUUCGGGCCGGUCUUGAGGAAUGUGUGGCCCUGCUAGAACCCACAGAACCCGGAUCGACGCUUGUGCUCUCGUCACAGAGAUCGGAGACGAUCAAAGGCUUCGUCACACGUGUCGGAUCGAGGAUCGUCAAAGGAGACAUUCAUGUGAAGCUCCCUUCUCUGCCUCCACCGCGAGGAGCAUCGAGCUACAGGCUGCUGCUCUCAUCAUCCCCAGACGCACCACCAUUUGUGCUCAACCAGCUCUCCACUGCGCGUAAUUUGAUCAAUCAGUCUCUGGAUAUUGUUGAUGUCUCGACGUGGACGGGCGAUGCCAAAAAUGCAAACUUCAUCUCCGGUCAAUUGCGCUUGCUCUUUGACUACAUACAGGAAGCCAAGCUAGAAUUGAAGGGCUUGACGACCCAGGGCAAUUGGUGGGACGAUCCUAUUGACGAGAGGGUAUUCGACCCCCCGCUACCCUCAAAUGUGGCUUUCCAUCUGUCCGUGUCAGACGCUGCACUGGAGCUCUCCCUACGCACAUUAGACCCUGCCCACGCACCGCCAGAUACAUUUUCAGGCUUCAGUCUACGUGACCGUCUUGCCUCGGCCAUUGGUGCUACACGAAAACCCGACCACGAUGAGGCAGAGGAAGAGUUUCAAUACAGGGGAAAGGCAGUAAAAGUGAAAGAAAAAGUAAGGGUACAGAGCCAGGACCCGAGCCUCUUGGCUAUCAUGGCAAAGCUCAGCGCAUUGGAACACAAUGUGGCAGUAAGCCGUAAGUCUCUUGACAUUGUCAUGGGAAACGAGGACUAGCAUUGUCUUCCAAGCAAGUAGAUUCUAUUCACAAAGCUUCAUACAAUUGAGAUACCCAUAUAGCAAUAUUCUGGCAGAAAUCCUCCUUCUGCAACGCCUCC